GGAAAACGAUCAUGAAAGGGACUUGAGAAGAGGCGAGGAAAACAGUCGUCAGUCCAGUCUGACUCAGUCGCCACGGGAAGUGAGGUCACAAGAGGAUCCGAACAAGAGGAGGCAAGGUAGCUGCGCGUCGCUCUCUCCAGGACCAGAGUAGCUGUCAAAAUGUCGGCCCCAUAUCCAGUUAAUCCAACAGCCCCAUAUCCAGGUGAUCCAUCUAAAAGCCCUGCUGGAAAUGCUGGCUGGACCAUGCCUAAUGCCCCUCCAGGAAGCUAUCCAGUACAGCCUGGGUUUACUAAUCCAGGCUACAAUCCACAAGCUCCCUAUCCAGUGCAGCCUGUUAGUCCAGCACAGCCAGGAGCAGCUUUUCCUGUAGAACCACCACCACCAUAUUCUGCUCAGCAGGGAUUUGUUGGCCAACCUGGUCCGUAUGCUCAGCCCGUGUACAAUGCCAGCAGUGGUGAUUUUCCUGUCCAGGAUGGGAACAGAGGAAGGGAAGAAGUGCCAAAGGAUAUGGUGCCAAAUCAGUUUGGUGCAUCCUUCUCUGACAAGGCUGUCAGGCAUGCCUUCAUCCGAAAGGUGUAUCUCAUCCUGAUGGUUCAGCUGCUGAUUACUUUUCUCAUUGUGUCCCUCUUUACUUUCCACACUGGUACAAAGAUGUUUGUACGAAGGAAUGUCUGGGUGUACUACAUGUCCUAUGUUGUGUUUUUGGUCACCUACAUCUCAAUGGUGUGCUGUUCUGGAGUACGCCGUAAAUGGCCAGGCAAUUUCAUCAUGCUGGGGAUCUUCACUCUGGCCCUUAGCUAUGUGACAGGAACUAUUGCCUCAUUCUACGAAACCAGCAUUGUUAUCAUGACCAUUGGCAUUACUUGUGCUAUAUGCUUUCUGAUUACACUGUUUGCUACACAGACAAAAUACGACUUUACUGGAUGUGGAAUAUACUUAUUCGUGGCAGCAAUGGUUAUGUUUAUCUUCGGAAUCAUUGCCAUCUUCACCUACAGUAGAAUACUGUACACUAUCUAUUCUGCUGGAAUUGCUUUGCUCUUCUCAAUGUACCUAGUGUAUGAUACGCAGAUGGUGGUUGGUGGCCGAAAGCACCAGAUCUCCCCUGAGGAGCACAUCUUUGGGGCCCUGGUGCUCUACUUGGAUAUAAUUUACAUUUUCACCAACCUCCUUAAUGUUUUUGGGUCAAACAACUAAAGUUCUCAAUGUGCAUUAUUAACUGUGUAUGUAACAUAGUAUAAUUAGCAGUAGAGCACUGAGAUUGUAUUCAAUAUGGAGUAAUGUGUUUAUUGUAUGCUAACAAGGCUUAGAAUGUAUGCAGCAUGAUAUUAUUGUCAUGAUAUUCUUACUCCUAUUUCAUAGCAUAUAAUAAUGAAACAUAUGAUUAUUAAAGGAAAGAAAAGAGCAUGAAUGAACUUUGGAGCAUAUUAUUCAUACAAAACUACCACCAGUAAGUGCUUUGUUAUCACAUCUUUAUUCAUGCCAGUGACUACUUUGAUAAUGCUGUUACAUUGUUAAGCAAAGUAAGUGAGGCUUCAAAACAGUCACUUCACUUUUUUAAUGUUGCAAUAUGCAUUAAUUGAAAGUGUGUGUGAUCAGCUGCUAUAAUAGUGUAAGUGCUAGUGACAUCAGAGAAGCAUUAGCUACUUGACUGUAACAUCUAUUGGAGACUAAAAUUGCCAUUUAA